CGCCGCCUGUCAGUCAAGCGCAUCUGUUCAGUAGCAGCUCUUCUUCCAUAUCCUCCAGACUGCAGUCAAUACUUGACACAACGUCGCAGUUAAACUAUGCGCUCACGCAGCUCAGUGCAAUGCCGCCCUCAAAUCAAACGUCCAAACUCGUGAGCCUCAUGAAACAGCAUGCCGCGAUCACAGCGUCCAUCUCCACCUCACGCGCAACUAUAGCUGGUCUUUCUUCCGCUGAUCGAUCCGUCAUCUUCCCCGACCAUGCCCCUCCUUCUCCAGACCGGUUUGCAGAAUGGGGUCGCGCUGCGGGCAUGGAGGCAUUCGUUGACAGUCCCGGAGGGUCGUCUAUGACCACCAUUGUGUUGGCAGGGAAGGUUCUAGUCUUGGAUGUUGAUAUCGAUGGACGCGUUCUUGUCAAAACAUCCUUCGCGAUUGGCAAUAAUGUCCCCAACGGUACAGCUGUAGCACCUGAGCUGGACGCGUUUCUUGCGAGAGAGGUAUCCAGAUGGGUGGAGGCUGCCAAGUACGCAUCGCAAGGUGAAUCCUUUCCGAGCAUGCCAGGGGAACCAGCUGUUGUAGCAGCCAUUUGCGCUCGUACUCUGUUGGGCCACAUGCGCUACCUCAAGAAUCUCGAUUCGCUUGCUGAUAGUGAGGGUGAACGCGGCAUCCGAUGGUUCAUGGAGCCAGUCGUCGCACUCCAACACUUCAUGUCCAAGGCCGGCGAUCAGUAUCCCUCUGGGUCAAAAACAGUACCAUUGGACAAGCUACUAGUCCAACGGGCCUUUCCCAUACUUUACCUUAAUUUUCCUUCCCUUCUCCACCUUCGGGGGGCCACUGGGCAGACGGAUAUACCGUUGGCUCAUCUGACGACUUCACUCGUCAACGAACCUAAGGGAGCGACGGUCGCCUCGCUUAAACUCGUUCCUUCAUCCGAGGUUUCGAUCGUUGGUGCUGUAUCAGAGGGUCAAAAUGACCACCCGUUUCCGUCGAGUCCCUUACAUUCGUGGAUACUCGACUUUUCCAGAUCUCCCUCUAUAUAUCAGGGUCACGGUGGUAUAGUGAUGUCGCAGACGCGUAUGCGAGCCAUUCAGGGCAUUCUCGGUAUCGAUGUGGCUACCGACAUAAUCAUGAGUAUCGGCACUCCAGCCGGUGCCUCAGGCAUGGGUCCCUUUGGGUCUAUGCCUAGCAUGAGCCAGCUCAAUUUCAAUAAUUUUGGUGCAUCCCAAGCAACGACUGUCGAAAGCCUCAGCUCCAUCAGGAGCAGCUGGGUAGACUUGUUGUUUAACCCGACGUCUUCGGCGGAGCACUACAGAACUACCUACCGUUCUCCUAGUGGAGUGCACCCCCCUCUCAAUUUACGUCUUUCGGUUCCUCAGGAACCAGGUUUUUUACUUCAGAGGGUUCCUGUGCGAACUACAAACCAAGUGUCACGCGUCUUAGAGAUUGUCAGAGAACAAUGCUGGCUAAAUGAGCUAUUGCUCAUGUCUCAGUGGCAACCAGAAGACACAGCAGCUCUUCCGAAAGACUCCAAGGGUGCUGAUCUACCCUCUUCCACUGGGGCCAUGGGCGCAGAUGCAACAGAACUACUCGCAUCUCUCCUUGAGGGGUCGUUUACACCGAAAUCCAUUCCCGUCUCUGUCUUCCUUCCAUCCACCUCUCUUCCGCCCCUUGCCCACUUUAGUGGUCUUGGCCCUCCUCCGGUCUCCGGUGGUACGAGCGAUAGCCUAUUCGGGACUGGCGAUAUGGACAUGGACAUGGAGAUCCCCGGUUUGAGCAUGAGCAUGAACUCAUCUAUGGAGAUUGGCAUUGACGCGAGGAUGGGCAUGGAAAUAGGAGGGGGAGUGAAUAUGGGAGGUAUGGGCAGUAUGGGAAUAGAUUUUAGUGGAUCAGUAAGCCCGCCGCGGCAACCGCCGAUGAUCAUACUGUCGAGCCCCGCCAAGGCGCCUACGGUGGACCUUGUCGAACUGCGUGUUUCGUUUGUGCCGGGAAGCUCUACCGGUGCUGGCUCAGUAGGGCUGGGAAAUGAAGGGGGAGAUUGCAGAGUGAAGGUUGAGGCUUCUCCGGGAGUGGACACGAAGGGAAUGGAUGAGAUUGUGAGAAGAGUCUGGACGAAGAAUCACAAGUGAUCUACUCUAUUGGUAUGCGCGCAAUAAACCAUGUUCAGACACCAGUUGACAUGUACUUGCACUGAGUGUAAGCUGCCUUGUCUCUUGUAGUACCUUGAGCACUGGCUCUCGACUGGAAAAAUUGCAACAUCUAGGAUUGUAUUUCGCCCUAACCGAGGCCUUCAAACAACGGCA